AUGGAGGAUGAUGUCUCUCGUCCACUGGAAUCUGUCCAGAGAAAACACCUCAGAUCAGUAUCAACCUGGUCUCCAUCCGAAGCUAGCUCGAUCCAGCAUUCUCCAUUAUUCCAUUGUUCAUCUCCUCCAGUCUGGCAGGGUACAACUACUAGCAAAACUAGUCUUCUGAGUGCGAAUCAAGAACCCAACGAAUCAACCACAUCUACCGGCUCUCACUGCUCCUCAACUUGGUCAAACAUUCUCAGGAGCCGAUGGCUCAUGGUCGCAUGCCUCGCCUUCGGUAUCGCAGCGGCUGUUGGUCACGACACGCUCAACAAGCAACUUUCCGGUAAAGAAGCAAAGAAUCAGAUCUGGUGGCUUCGUCUCGGGCAGUCUCUUGCCUUUGUAUCAAAAGCAAACUCUGCUAUUGCAGUCUCGCUAGCUUACCAACAGAUCGCUUGGACGUCCGUCGCUCAUCGGAACUUCUCCGUGCAUGCAGUUGAUUCGCUCUUUGGUGCGGCACACAACGCCAUCGAACUCCUCAACGCCGAAGCAUGGAAGAAGUCAUGGUUUGUAAUGCUUCUUGCUCUUUACAUGUGGAUAUCGCCACUCGUGGUGAUCUUCACCUCAGCAACUCUGAACGUCGACAACCAGGUGGAUAGGGCAUGCCAUAAUGUCCGGACCCUCAACUUCAACCACGAGGCGAAAAAGAAGUGGACUCACAGGAGAAAGGCAGAGGGCGAUGAGAUACUACAAGGUGGCAGAGUGUCAUGGUACAACGAUACCUUACCAGAUGAGGAUGGCCCUGAUGUCUUUGACUUUUGGAUUAGCCCAAGUGCUUACCUUGAAGAGAUUGCAUCCAGAGUCCUGACAGGGGGGCAGGCACUGCAGCGAGACGAAGUCGCUGAUGAGAUCUGCGGAGAAGGAUAUGAUUGCUCAACGGUUAUCUACUUCACUGGCCCAGGAUAUAAGUGUGAGCAACUCGCCAACGGCACCAACUCGACGGUUAAGCAAUUCAACGACAGGGAUACUCCGUUCAACAUGAGCAGGAUGAUUCCUGAAGGUUGGAAUACUUACAACUGUGUUGCCGACGAGGGAGACUACGCAGAAAACCAGAUUGAGCACGAGAGAUACUUCAAUCGACCAUUGCAGUCCCUUCCAUUCCCUGAGAAUCUUGGUGCUUUCAGGACAGAGCCCAUCAUAUGGCUAGGCUAUGUUACUGUCGACGACGUGCUGGUCAGGCACGCUGAAAAUAGCAGCCAGAAAGGAUGGGACACUGACUUCACACCAAUUAUUUCGGCUUGCGAGCACUGGCAGGUUGAUUACACUGUAAACCUGACAUACACGCGGGGCUUCCAGUCGUACAACGUUACGAAUCGGGAGUAUCGGCGCAAGGUCAUCAAUACAACAUACGUGGACGACUCAGCUGACGACGGAACGUUGGACAAGACUGUCGCGGAACCACAAGAGAACUACGUGUACCCCAAAGAUUGGAAAAAUUAUCAACGCAUUGCAGCGUUUCACUCACUCGGGCUGAAAUUACGACAAUUACUGCAUGGAGGCUUGUCGCUUCCCGAUAGAGGGAAGAGUACCGAGAUCAUGACGUCGAAGUUGGUUGGACGGCAUGAGUUUCUGCCUGUCCCUAAUUUUGAGAACCAGAUACAGAGGUUGUAUGAGAAUUUGCUCAUUUCGCUGCUGUCGGACACGCAGUUGCUUAUGGUGUCAUGGGCAGCGAAUCCAGAUGAACCGUCGGGGACCAGACCUUUGAAGAACGGGACGGAGUAUCCUUGCAUCAGAAGAACAACGGCGGGAUUUUUCUUCUAUCGGAGAAAGACUCUUGUUAGUGUAUAUGCUGUUUCGUUUGUCAUUGUAGCUGUGGGCGUAGCGUACGGGAUGCAGGCUAUGAGGCAAGAUGGAGUUGAGGAGUUGCGGGAGGUUACUUUCUCGUCAAUUGCAGUCGCGUCGAAGAGCGUGAACUUGAAAGGUCGUAGAAGAGAUCAUGAGAUCAGAGCUUGGCUGGUUGAGGACGAGCAUGAGGGUAGAGUGUACGAGUUCAGGGAUGAGGAAGCGAUGGAACGUAAGAGCAGUGCUGGCGCCAGGGAGGGUGUCUGA